AUGUUGUCAAAAAAAUCAACAACACCAAAAUUGGAUAAACAAGAGGAUUACAAGGGUUCUUUCUUAAGUUUACCUCAAGAGAUAUUGGAUUUCAUUCUUAAGAAACUUUCACCAAAAGAUUUGUUCAUGGUAUCACAUGUGUGUACUCACUUGAGGAAUAACAGUAGAAGUGAUUAUUUAUGGAAUCAACAUGUCGAACAGAAAUGGAGUAAAUUGGAAGGAGAAGACUUUCACAAUGAGUGGAAAUGUCAUACUCAAAAAAUUAGAAAUGAAGAAAGUUCAUUUUUACACCAGAAUCAGAGUAAGUCAUGUGGAAAUAUUAGUGGUGAUUAUCCAUACCAACGCCUUCAUUCUUAUUUGAAAAGUAAUAGAGCAUUGGAUGAUUUGAUUAAAAAUCAUCCACAAAUGGCUUUGUAUAUUUGCCUUGAGACUGGUCGCUUUUGGUUUCCUGUUCAAGUUUACAAGGCUACAAAGAAAACAUUAUACUGUCAUGAUGCUCUUGCGAGUUAUGAUUCUAGAACAGACACCUUUCGAGCAAGGUCCACAAAUGCGGGACAACGAUUGGUUGAGCGAGAUAUUGAAUGGGAAAGGUUGAGAAUGCCACCACCUAAAACUUUUCUUGUGGAUUAUUAUGAAUAUAGCAAUCUCAAUGAUUUAAAACCUGGAGAUCAUAUUGAGAUUCAAAAGAGAAGAAGGAAGGCAUUCCCUUACCAUGAUUGGGCGUAUGCUUCAAUUUGCCAUUUGAAAUCAUGUGACCGGGAAAUCAAUCAAUGCUCUUGCCAAGACAAUGACCUAUUGGAAAUGAUGAUACACAAACGCGGCAGCAUCCCCAAAUAUUCAAUUAGUAGAAGAAUGACACACCCAAUAGCAUGGGAAGAUUUCAACUUUCUCAAUGGAAUCAGAAAACUUACUAAUGAGGAGGUUGAAAAGUGGAAUAACUUCGCUUAUAUGCUCUAG